AUGUGGUUUGGGAGAAAACCGGUAGGCACCCUCUUUGGACUUGGUGGCCUGCCCUGGAACCCAACCUCUGCCACAUGCUGGCAGGAGCAGAAGACUUUGACAUCCCAACCACUGACCCGGCAAACCCAGGUGAACCAGAAGUGUGCACCCAAAGUGGACGCUGCCCCUGUUCGCGUUACCCGGCAGGAGGACCCAGGGCCUGAGCCUCUCCAGCAGGAACAGGUGACCUUUGGCAGUGGGGACACGAUGGAGCUGAUCUGCUCUCUGCCUGGAGGUGUCUCCACAGGCUGCACUGUCUGGUCUAAGGAUGGCACAAGGCUGGUAGCCUCCUACCGCAUCCUAGUGGCGCCUCAGAGGCUACAAGUGCUGAAUGCCUCCCAUGAGGAUGCCGGGGUCUACAUCUGUCAUCAGCAGCUCACUCGGGGUACGAUGUGCCGUUUCACAGUGCAUGUGACAGAGCGCUUCCCACAUUGGCCCAUCCUGCAUGCUGAGCUGCCAGCGAACCAGACAGCCAUUCUAGGCAGUGAUGUAGAGUUCUACUGCAAGGUGUAUAGUGAUGCCCAACCACACAUCCAGUGGCUGAAGCAUGUUGAGGUGAAUGGCAGUAAGAUGGGCCCUGAUGGCAAGCCCCAUGUCACCCUGCUCAAGAUAUCAGGCAUUAACACUACUGGCGACAAGGAGCUAGAAGUUCUGUCCUUGCACAAUAUCACCUUUGAGGACUCAGGGGAAUACACCUGCCUGGCAGGCAAUUAUUUCGGGUUUUCCCAUUGCUCUGCAUUGCUAGAGGUGCUGCCAGCUGAGAGAGAGCUGGCAGAGGGUAAUGAGGCUGCCAGCUUAUCCAUAGGCACCAUCAGCUUCUGGGUAGGCUUCUCCCUCUCAAUUUUGAUGGUAGCAACUGUGACACUCUUCUACCUGCAUGGAGCUUCAAGAAAGGGCCUGAGCCCUCCUGCUGUUCACAGGAGUUCUUGAUUCACACCUGAGCGACAGGUGACCGUGGAGUCCUACUUCUCCGAGAACUCUGAUAUACCCCUGGUCCACCUCGUCCACCCAUUCUCAAAAGAACAUACUGUUAUGGCUAAUAGUUCUGAGCUUGAGCUGCCUGCUGACCCAAAGUGGGAAAUAUCUAGAACUCGGUUGACACUUGGCAGUCCUCUGGGAGAAGGCUGCUUUGGCCAGAUUUUUAUGGCAGAGGCUAUUGUCAUUAACAUGGACAGUGCUGCCAACCCUGUCACUGUGGCUGUGAAAAUGCUGACAAAUGAUGCCAGUAACCAGGACUUGUUGGCUCUGGUGUCUGAGAUGGAGAUGAUGAAAAUUAUUGGCAAGCACGUGAACAUUAUCAACCUUCUGGGAGCCUGCACAUAGGGAGGGCCACUGUAUGUGCUGAUGGAGUAUGCAGCCAAGGGCGACCUACAGGAGUUCCUGCGGGCACAAAGGCCCCCAGGCAUAGACUACUCUCACACCUCCAGACUGGCAGAGCAACAGCUUACCUGCAAAGAUUUAGUGUCCUGUGCCUAUCAGGUGGCCCGGGACAUGGAGUACCUGGCUUCUCAGAAGUGCAUUCACAGAGACUUGGCUGCCUGAAACGUGCUAGUGACUGAGGACAAUGUGAUGAAGAUUGCAGACUUUGGCCUGGCUCAUGAUGUGCGCAGCCUGGCAUACUAUAGGAGGACCACAAAUGGCCGGGUACCUGUAAAAUGGAUGGCACCAGAGUCCAUGUUUGACCGAGUCUACACUCACCAGAAUGAUGUCUGGUCCUUUGGAAUCCUUCUCUGGGAGAUCUUUACACUGGGGGGCUCACCAUAUCCUGGCAUCCCACCAGAAGACCUUUUCAAGCUAUUGAAAGAGGGCUACCAAAUGGACAAGCCUGCCAACUGCACACAUGACCGGUAUGUGAUCAUGCGGCAAUGUUGGCAUGAAGUGCCUUCACAGAGGCCCACCUUCAAGCUUCUGGUAGAGGAUUUGGAUGGCAUCCUUACUGUGACUUCACCCAAUGUAUACCUGGACCUAUCGAUACCUUUCGAGCAGUACUUGCCAGGUGGUGACGAUACCCAUAGCCCCAGCUCUUUAGAGAUGACUGUUCACUCACGACCUGCUACCCCCAACCCAACCAAGGAAUUGGACACUUCAGAUGUUAGGGACCAAGAGUCCCACAGACCAAGCUCCAGCUAAUGCUUAUGAGAACUCUAGCUCACCCUGCUACUGUUGGUGCAUGGUAGACCCCAGCUGGACCAA